AUGGUUACAAUCACUUACACAAAGACGGAAACAGAGAAGAUGGAGGGCCUUACGAUCAAACCCCUUGUUAAGUUUUUGAAGGUUACCUUGCAGAAGAAAGAAGAACCAAACUGUCUAAUAUUUCUCACAUCUGAUGUUUCUGAUCACUUAAUGGCUGGAAUGGAAGACAUCAUUGGCUUUCAUGGAAAAUAUUAUCUUAAGGAAUUAUUAGAGUAUUACGAUGACCAUUAUCUGAAGAAAUGGUUGCAGCGAAAGCCCACCAAAGCUGAUGCAGAAAUUUCAAAAGUUUACGAAAAAAUUAUGCUGAGAGAUCAUUUCAAAAAUCUCGAAAUGUCUGGUGCAAAGAAAUUUCCAGAUCAUGUUAAAAAAGAAACAGAGAAUGUUCCUGAAGAAUUGCAGUUCCUUCACCCAGAUACUCAAGGAGAAAGUGUCUACUUGGACACUUGGUUAAAUCUGUACAAAUCUCUGAAAAUGAACGAGAGAAAAGUUCCACGUAGCCAUCAAUCAGUAGCCUCAUUUAAAGAGAUUUCAUUGGAUUUUCCUUCUACAAGACAUAUUAUUGAGGAAGAAGAACAUUUAAGUAGCACUUUAGUAAAUUGCUUUUUCUUUCCCUUAUUUUUUCUUUCCUUUUUUCCCUUAUUUUUUCUUUCCUUUUUUCCCUUAUUUUUUCUUUCCUUUUUUCCCUUAUUUUUUCUUUCCUUGCCCUUAUUUUUUCUUUUCUUUCCCUUAUUUUUUCUUUUCUUUCCCUUAUUUUUUCUUUUCUUUUUUUUUAAAUAG